UGAAUUUUCGCUAGACGACGAUCAUUGCUGCUUCGCCUGCUCCGUCUCGUCUCCCUUUUUCCUGCUGAAUUCUAUUGACUCCUGCGCUCGCGCGUCUCGCCUGGUCGGUCAAAUUCCGAGCUUGAUCUCUCUCCCCGCAGCCACGACUCGAGAAGCCGCCGUGCUCCGUCGCUCUCCGUCGCUCUCCCCUGCUCCCCUGUACAUAACUUUCCGUCAUGUCCAAAUCGCGUCGCAACGUCAGGUUCCCACGUCGGAUGUCCAACUCCUCUGAAGGUCGGCGCUUGAGCAUCUCUGAUGCCAGCGAUGUCCUCUCCGACCCCGGUAGCCCGGCCAAAGAUGGCAGCGUCACCGCGCCUGCCACCAUUCCCGAGGAGAAAUCCGAGAAGCCCCAGUUGUCCGAUUACGAAAAGAAGAAACAGACCUUUAUUACACGUACGAUAUGGACCUUUGUGAUGAUUUUCGGCUUCUUCGUUGCCAUGUUUUCCGGCCACAUUUACAUCAUCGGCAUCGUUACCGCUGUCCAGAUCAUCUCGUUCAAGGAGGUUAUCGCCAUUGCCAAUGUGCCCAGUAAGGAGAAAAACCUCCGCUUCACCAAGUCGCUGAAUUGGUACUUUCUGGCUACGACCAUGUACUUCUUAUACGGAGAGAGCGUCAUCUACUACUUCAAGCAUGUGCUUCUGGUGGAUCGGGUGCUGCUGCCUCUAGCUACCCACCACCGGUUCAUUAGCUUCACGCUUUAUGUUAUGGGCUUCGUCUUCUUCGUCGCGUCCUUGCAGAAAGGACAGUACCGGUUCCAAUUUACCCAGUUUGCUUGGACGCAUAUGGCGCUCUACCUGAUCGUCGUUCAAGCUCACUUUGUCAUGAACAACAUCCUGGAGGGCAUGAUCUGGUUCUUCCUUCCCGCCUCUCUCGUCAUCACGAACGAUAUCUUUGCCUACGUCUGCGGUAUCACCUUCGGUCGCACCCAGCUUAUCCAGCUGUCCCCCAAGAAGACUGUCGAAGGGUUCCUUGGCGCGUGGAUUUGCACCAUCAUCUUCGGCUACUUCAUGACCAACAUUCUGAUGCGCUACAAGUACUUCAUCUGCCCCGUCAAUGAUCUGGGUGCCAACGUCUUGACGGGUCUUCAAUGCUCGCCCAACCCGGCCUUCGUGCCCCAGCCCUACCAUGUCCCGGAGUGGACUGGCAUGCACAAGACCUUCCAUAUUGAGCCUAUCCAGUUCCACAUUCUGAUUUUCGCCACAUUCGCUUCUCUUAUCGCUCCCUUUGGCGGCUUCUUCGCCUCCGGUCUCAAGCGUACUUUCAAGAUCAAGGACUUUGGCGAGUCGAUCCCGGGUCACGGUGGCAUCACUGACCGCAUGGACUGCCAGUUCAUCAUGGGCUUCUUCUCGUACAUGUACUACCACAGCUUCAUCGCGGUGUUCAAGGCGAGCGUCGGAGAUGUAAUUGAGAUCGCCAUCAACGGUCUGUCGGUGGAGGAGCAACUCGAGGUCGUCCGGGGGCUGAGCAAGUACCUGUACAACCAGGGUACUGUCUCUGAAACAAUCCUGGAUUGUAUCAACACCGAGCUCCGCCGUUAGAGCGGAAGCAUGACGACUCGACCUGCCCUUGAUCCAAUGGAUCUCCGUGAUGAAAAUCCUAUCCUUCUCUUUCUCUCUCUAUAGUUGCUGUUGAGGGUUAAA